GGGAGGCUCUAGGGAGAAAAGCGCAGCUUGACAUCAAUCCACGAAGAGCCUGUAUAGGGCUCCUGCACCUGAGACAGCUGGCCAGACCUCCAAAUCAUCCAUCCACCCCUCCUGUCUUCUGUUUUCAUAGUGUGAGAUCAACCCACAGGAAUAGCCAUGGCUUUCGUGUUCAUUUCAGUUCUCAGUUUCUACAAGCUGGUGUCAGGACAGUGGCAGGUGAAAGGACCAGACAAGUUUGUCCAGGCCUCGGUGGGGGAGGAUGCUGUCUUCUCCUGCUCCCUUUUUCCUGAGACCAGUGCAAAAGCCAUGGAAGUGCGGUUCUUCAAGAAUCAGCUCCAUGCUGUGGUCCACCUCUACAGAGAUGGGAAAGACCUGGAAUCUAUGCAGAUGUCACAGUAUCAAGGGAGAACUGAGCUUGUGAAGGACUUCAUUGCACGGGGGAAUGUCUCUCUAAGGCUAAAAAACAUCACUCCCUCGGACAUUGGCCUGUAUGGGUGCUGGUUCAGUUCCCCAACUUACGACGAGGAGGCCACCUGGGAACUGCAGGCGUCAGGAUGGGGCUCACUUCCUCUCAUUUCCAUGGUGGGAUAUGUUGAUGGAGGAAUCCAGCUACUCUGCCUGUCCUCAGGCUGGUUUCCCCAGCCCAUAGUGCAGUGGAAAGGUCCACAAGGAGAGCAUUUAUCCUCAGACUCCAGGGCAAAUGCAGAUGAGCACAGCCUGUUUGAUGUGGAGACCUCUCUUACAAUCCAGGAAAGCACUGGGAGCAUAUCAUGUUCCAUCCACCUUGCUGAGCAGAGUCAUGAGGUGGAAUCCAGGGUGUUGAUAGAAGAGACUUUUUUCCAGCCCUCACCUUGGCGCCUGGCUUGUAUUUUACUUGUAUUAGUCUGUGGUGGCCUAUGUGUUGUUAUCACGGGGAUGGCGAUUGUUUUCUUCAGAUCCAAAGGGAAAAUCCAGACAGAACUGGACUGGAGAAAGAUACACAAACAAGCAGAAUUGAGAGAGGCCCGGAAACAUGCAGUGGAGGUGACUCUGGACCCAGAGACGGCACACCCACAGCUCUGCGUUUCUGAUCUGAAAACUGUAACCCGUACAAGAACUCCCCAGGAGGUUCCUUACUCUAAGAAGAGAUUUACAAGGAAGAGUGUGGUGGCUUCUCAGGGUUUCCAGGCAGGGAAACAUUACUGGGAGGUGGACGUGGGAUACAAUAAAUGGUGGUACGUGGGAGUGUGCAGGGAUGAUGUGGACAGGAAGGAGACGCGUGCCACUUUGUCUCCCAAUAAUGGGUACUGGGUCUUCAGACUGAUGAGAGAAGAUUGGUAUUCCACAUUCGAUCCUCAUGUUAUCACCCUCGUCCCCAAGACCCCUCCUACACGAGUAGGGGUCUUCCUGGACUGUGAGGGUGGGACCAUCUCCUUCUUCAAUAUAAAUGACCAGUCUCUCAUUUGUCGAUUGACAUGUCAGUUUGAAGGCUUGUUGAAACCCUAUAUCCAGCAUGAGAUCUAUGUAGAGGAAAAUGGGACUCCCAUAUUCCUGUGUCCAGUGUCCUGGGGAUCAGAGAGAGAAGACUCUGCCUAAAGGGCUCCACACCGCACAUCCAUACACAGCCAAAGGAGAGUACUCCUGGCAGGCGUCCCCAGCUUCCUCUCCGGAGCAUGCACACAGGGAGUCACGCUUCCGACUCUCCUUCAGGGAGCUGAGGUUCCUCUGUCCUGAGCCUUCUGGCAGCAUCAGGGACAGCUUCCAGAUGAGGGGAAACUGGCCAGGCCCUUUGGGAGCCAGAAGUCAUGGCUGCCCUGAAGUGGGGAUGGAAUAGACUCAUACUAGAUUUAGUUUGUGAAAACUCAAUCCAACUAAGUGAUAUUGAACAAGUCACAACCUCUCAGGCUCCUCACUUGUUAGUCAGGUAUAGUGAUUCCCAUCUCACAGGUAAAGAUUAAAGAGAUAAUAAAAGUGAAUCAUGUUUGCAGGUUUGAUGGCACAGUGUUUACUAAUGAUUUUUUAGUAUAUUAUACAUUUUCCCAUCACAAACUCUAUUUGCUUAUUCCA